ACAAAAAUAAAUACUUUGUACCUACCAUCGGUAUCUUAAUUACUGGUUUGUACGCCGGAAUGAAGGAAGAGCUCUCCAAAAAUGGUAUGUUUUACGUCGUCCCGUAUUCUGACCACAGUUCUUUCUCAGAGUUGAAGAAAUUUGUUUCAAGAAUUCGACCGCAGUGUAUCGUUCCUUGUGUCAACCGAAUUGUGGAGAGCAAGAACUACGAGGAUCAUGACCGAAUGGACAUGAGCGUUUUCGAGUCUUACAUAGAUAAUGAGACAAAGAAGCAUGUCUUCGAGAUCCCACCGACCGUCCAGGAUUUCAUGUUGAAUGGUAUUGACGUUCAGCAAUUUAAUAUUAGAAAACGGAAGUCUGCGACUAGUUUUUUCAACGGUGUUGUGAAAAAACCCUGUGGCAUAAAUUUUCCUCCGCUGCUUGAAAACGUGAACAACGGCGACGAACGGAUAUCUGGUAAAGAAAAAGAUAUAAGGAUUGAAUUACGUGAGGAUACUGAUUCUAACAAAACCGCUCUCGUUGACAAAUGUACGAGUUCGAAAAGCGAUUUGAAACAACGGCAUGAAUCUCUUUGUGUGCCAAACCAAUUAAUAUCAACCCCGUUGAAGUGUAUUGAAUCAGUUGAAUGUGGCGAUAAUUUAGGUUCUGACGAUGUUGAUGUUUCUACUACGCUUCCGACACAGUCUAACGAUAAUAAUGUCGCUACGACGCUUCCUGGAAUGGCAAAACUGAACGAAUUCACUCCAUUUGUGAAGAAAGAGAAAGAUUUAGAUAAAAGCACAAGAAAAAUUAGUUGUGGUGGUGGUAAUUGUGGAACAAAUCAGAGGUGCUUACCAGCUCUUAAAGCACUAAAUAUUGAAUAUUUCAGCGAUGGUGAAGAAUCGUCUAACGAAAAUCUUCAGACAUCUAGUUCAAACACGACUGCUAAUCAACCCCUUGAGAAAAGCGAGAAUGGUUUUCAAAAAACAGGCGAUUCUAUAUUACCUCAAUCUAAUGAAACUGCACAUGAAAAACUACGAUCAACAUUGUCUGACAAUUGCUCAAAUAUAAAUACAACUGAUCGUUUAUCGGAUGUUGAUUCGAUAAAAAUCUCUUGUAAUAUAGAAAUGAAUAAUUUUCAAAAUGUGAACUCGUCUGUUAUCGAUCAUGCCGAGAUAUCAUUUCUUUUUCACAAUUCAUUGGGUUCACCCGCUUUAGAAAAUAUCAGGGCUGCCAACACGUCCGAAACAUUAUCGCAUUACAUAGAGCAGUGUAACCAAAUGGUUAAUGGUAAGCCGCUGACAAAAUUCUGUUUAGUACCGUUCAGGUUGAAAGUCGCAGCCAAUUCAAAAUGUUACGAGGAAUGCAGACAGCUUUUCCCUAUUCAACGUUUAUUUUUAAGUAAAAGCACCCUCGAUGCGCAAACCCAGACUGAGACUGGUGUAAGUUCAUCUGUUGCAAUAGUAGCAGAAACCUGUUCUGACAAGAAUUUAGGGCAGCAAGAUAACAAAACAGAAGGCAUAAUCAACACAUGUUCACAUGCCGAGGAUUUGGAUGCACUUUCUGAGGAGUUUCUUGGAAAAAUGCAUUUACGAAAUUCUAAAACGAACACCGAUGUCGGUGCCAAAAGCUCUUUUCCUGUGAAUAAGGCUACUUGUUCUAAAGAGUUAACUGAUGAAUCCAGUGUGCCAGAUACCGAAUGUACAAUCGACAGAAGUGCGGAGGAAUACUUAUUAAACGAAGCCUUUAGUCAGGACCUUCGUGAAUUAAUAAAGCUUGCAGGACUUAGCAAUAGCAAAAUGUAUUGCGGUUGCGAAUCUGAGUCUGACCUUGUGCAUUGCACAAAAGAAGAACGGAAAAAUAAUAGCAUCGAUUCAUCUCUUUCGAAGUGUAAUGUAAACCAACGUAAUAAAUCAAGUACCAGCGCGGAAUCAUCAAGUGUGCUGCAAAAUGAGUUACGCUUGGUGCAAACAGAGCAAAACUCUUUAAAAACUGCGCAUGGUGAUCGGCUACAGACAAACAAAAGUGUUUCAAUGAACAAACCUUUCCCAGAAGAUCUAAUUCAACAGUUGACCGAGCGUUUUAGGAUGACUUUACGGAAUGCGUCAAGGUCGUCAGCUCAAAAAUCCCAAGUGACAUAUAAAGUGACUGGGAAUUCUCAGUUUUCAGGCAAGGCCAGUAUCUCCUCCGGGUCAAGUGAUAAAAUGCUUCCAGGUUUUUCCAUGGAAAACGUUUUUACCAAGCAGAAGGAAGGAAAAUUACAUGUUGUAUAUCAUGGUGACGUAUCACGUGCUAAAUCAGCUCUUGCCAAGUGGCAAAGUCAACGAUGAAACUUUCUUGCGUCUGAAUUCUCUGAAGCUUUCAAUUUUUUUAGCAAUUUCAGACAGUGUUAUGACGACGGUGUUGACAUAGCAGUUCACAAGUCUUUAAUUCAAAAAAUUUUUCUUAAUUGAAAAACAGCAUUUUACGCUAAACAGAAGGUGACGUCAUUUAUUUCAAUAACCCUUGUAGUUCACUUAUUGUAUCGAUUUCAUUAGCCGAAGCCAUUGUAA